UCUAACAAACCGCAGAUGGCUCUUCAGGCUUUUCAAAAUUAUAUACAAGUCAUGGAACUUGUUGAUACUCCAUCACUCAAGGCUUUCGAAGACGUGGUUGUUGAUCGCCAGGUUGCAGGUUUCGAUCUCAGUUUUUGUGGUGACUACUUUAUUACAAAUCAGAAAUCACAGUCUGAGGCAUGGAUGAAUGAAAGAGCUGAAGAACUCAAGAAUGAAGUAAGGAGCAUGUUCCAAAACGUGUCAACUGACGUACUACAAACCAUGAAUCUAAUUGAUACAAUUCAACUUCUUGGACUUGAUUACCAUUUCACGGAGGAAAUAGACAGAGCUUUAGACCAUCUCAAGGAUAUUCGAGAACGAGUGGUGGAAUGUUAUUGUUGGUCGAUGGUGAUACGUCAUGAACCUAGUUGUUCUCGUGCUCGACUGAUAUCGACUAAGCUACUUAUGUUAAUUACUGUCUUGGACGACAUCUAUGAUAGCUACAGCACACUAGAAGAGAGUCUACUACUUACAGAUGCAAUCCAAAGGCAUAUUUGGAAAAUUCUAACACAACAUUACAUCACGGAAUGCAAAUGGAGGGAUGACAAUUAUGUGCCUAAGUUAGAAGAGCACAUGCGUGUCUCAAUCAAAAGUGUGGGAUAUGUCUGGUUUUAUUGCUCAUUUUUGACCGGCAUGGAGGAGGCAGUGGCCACAAAGGAUGCAUUUGAAUGGUUCGCAAGCUUUCCUAAGAUUGUGGAAGCUUGUGCAAUAAUUGUUCGUAUCACUAAUGACAUAACUUCAAAGGAGCGAGAACAAAAGAGGGAACAUGUUGCCUCAACGGUAGAUUGCUAUAUGAAGGAAUAUGGAACAUCAAAAGAUGUUGCAUGCGAGAAGCUCCUAGGCUUUGUUGAAGAUGCAUGGAAGACUAUCAACGAGGAACUCCUUAAUGCAACUGGAUUGUCGAGGGAAGUAAUUAAACUAUCACUCCACUCUUCGCGAUCUACCGAAUUGAUAUACAAGCAUGUCGACGCAUUCACAGAGCCUAAUACCACGAUGAAGGAAAAUAUAUUCUCUCUACUUGUUCAUCCUAUCCCUAUUUGAUGACAGUAGUUGCUGCAGAUCAUGAUAUCUUAUAUUUUUGUGUGCUUAAGUUAUUAUUACAGAAAUAAAAGGGCGAGAAAUAACUUGUCUUGUUAUUGCUGAAGCCAGAUAAGCAACUUAUAUGUACAAGUUGUUGUACACAAUGUCAUAAAUUAUGAUAAUAUUAACUAUGGUAUGCAAUCUUAGAAUUA